AUGUUGAACGGCGAAGAUCCGCCCGAGCGGCCCGACUACAUUGUCAACAUCAUCAAUGGCCUCGAGCGUUACAACCCCGAGGCCGUCGUCACCCUCGAGGCCUACCUCCAGGAGCAGUGCGAGCAGAAGACCAGUGACUGCAAUGCCAACCGCACACUCCUGAAGCUGUACCAGCUCAACCCCGACCGCAUCAAGGACGAGGUCGUCACCAACAUCCUCGUCAAGGCCAUGACCCAGUUCCCCUCCCCCCAGUUCACCCUGGCCCUCCACCUCAUCAACGCCUCCGCCGCCGCCCAGGGCGAGCUCCACGAGGCUGUCACCAAGCUGCGCACCCUCAACUCCCAGCUCGAGGGCGCCCAGUACGCCCGCUUCUGGAACACCAUCGACGGCGACGACCUCUGCGCAGACCUCAUCGCCGACAUCUCCGGCUUCGAGGACCUCAUCCGCGCAAACAUCGCCGGCCAGGUCUCCCAGGCCUUCCGCGAGGUCUCCCUCUCCCAGCUCGAGUCCUGGCUCGGCCUCAGCGCCGACGCCACCGCCAAGUUCGCCUCCGAGGUCGCCGGCUGGACCGUCGGUGACAACGGCAUUGUUUCCAUCCCCCGCAACGCCGAGAACGAGGCCAAGAAGGCCGAGAUCAGGGAGGACGUCAACGUUGACAUGUUCUCGAGGGUUCUCCGCAGAUCAUGGGAGGAGACGGCUUAA